GCGGCGGCGCGCGCAGCGGCUGCCGGGCCCGGCCCGGCCCGUCCCGCCUCCGGGCGCUCCCGGGCGGCGAUGCGGGCGCUGCCCCCUUGCUGGGGGUCUCUGGCGCGGCGGGCGGCGGGCGAGUGGCGGUGGCCGCCCGGUCCCCGCCGCGGCUGCAGCGGCUCCGCCGAGGCCGGCGGCCCUAAGCCCCUCCAGGAAUGGGCGCUGCCCGUCAGCCCGCGGGGGCGGCUGCGGGUGCGGCUGCCCUGCCAGGUGAGCGUCCGCCCGCUGGACCCGCAGCGCUGCCCGGGCGCGGACCGGGUGCUGGUGGCCGUCAGCAGCGCCGCGGGCCGGCAGCGGGACCGCGUCCGGGUGGAGUACGACGAGGCGCUGGAGCAGAUGGCGAUCGUGGCGGACGGCGUGGACAGCAAGGCCGCCGUGGACGUCAGGACGCCCGUGAAGUUCGAUUUGGAUAUCAAAACAUCAGGGACUGGCUGUGUGAAGAUACAGAAAAUAGAAUGUGAUAACUGCAAAAUAGAAACGGAGAAGGGGACUAGUGUCUUGCAGUCAAUAAAGAGCCAUAAAAUCGAUAUACGAACAAAUGGUGGCAAAGUAAUUGGUCUUGGAACACUUUAUGGAAAUACAGAUAUUCGUGCAACAGAGAAGGGUAGUGUGAAUAUAGAAAAGCUGCAGGGGACAUCCAUCAACAUAUCUACUGAGGAUGGGCUGCUGAAAACUAAGUAUCUUUAUGCAGAAUCAUCAUGUCUGUCUUCAGUAGCUGGCGAUAUUCUGCUGGGAAGUAUUCAUGGUAACACCAGCCUUCAGACCAAAACAGGCAGUAUCACAGUAGAUUCAUCAGAUGGAAGUCUAAAAGCUUCUACACAUCAUGGGGCAAUAGAUGUUUAUGUCAGUCAAUUAAGAAAGGUGGAUCUGAAAUCCCAGAAAGGUUCUAUUACAGUCAAGGUGCCUGCCUCUCUCAAAGCCUAUUUACAGUUGUCUGGAAGAAAAGUGGAUGUGAGCUCAGAGAUCCAAUUAAAAGAAACACAGAGUGCCUACAAAGAUGAUCACGUAACUAUAAGUGGUCACAUGAAUCAAAGGAAUGAAACAGACAAAUGGAUUAAGGCUGACACCCAAAAUGGCAAAGUGUCUCUUAAAAGCCAAAGCUGGAUCCAGUCUGUCAAGCUGAAGAGUUCUUAAAGGUGAAAUAGGCCAAAGAGAUUAAAUCAAGAAAUAGGAAAGGGACAUUUCUGUAAAAUUACUGAAACUUUGUCGAUAUAUAUUCUUAAUAUAAGAGAGAAACAAUAUUAAAAAUGAGAAUGUUUUAACCGAAGAUUUGCCCAUCACAGUGGCUAGUGUUUAACAGGUCUGGUUUAUUUUUAGUGCCUUUUAGGAAUGACAAGAUCUUACAUACUCUGAAUUUGUAUAACUUGGCCCACUUACCAUGUCAGUUUAAAAGCUGGCAAUUUUCAAACAGAAGUUUGGAGUCAUCAUUUAAAAAUGAAAAGUAUUUUCAACACCUAGUGUUUGAAAAUAUCAACAUUUAGUUCUAAGAAUACAUGCUCUGUAAGCUGUUAUAUAUUUUUAAAUUAAAUGUCUCAGUACUGUGGUAAUUCUACUAGUUUAUGCAAAAUGCAGAGAAUUUUCUUUGUUCAAAUUAUUUGCAUUAUGGAUAGGAUAGAACCACUUUCAGAACUAAAUCAUAGAAUCAUACAACUAUUCAGGUUGGAAAAGACCCUUGGGAUCACCAAGUCCAACCUUCAUCCCUACUCUAUAAAGUUCUCCCCUACACCAUGUUGUUGUUGUUAUUAAACAAUAAGAACUGUAGUUCUUAUUUGAUCUCCUUGUUUAGUGUUUGACCCCUAAGAAGUUUCUGCCUUGUCGGUGGGUGCUGCAUGUGUAAAACUACUUGUGUGAAACAACAGGACUUGCUCCAUGUCAUUCCAAACCACUUUUUAAUGAUAAGAAUCGGAACUCUAGCUAUGUCUACCACUGCUCAUCUGCAAAAAAAAACCUUUUCAAAUAAAUACCCAACAGUGCAAUGGGUCCGGCUGUUUCUGUGGAGGAACACUCCACCAACUGGACUUUAGAUUAGAGUCCAUGUAAACGUUCUCCUAAAGCAAAAGCUACCAAAGAAUCGAAGUAUUUACCUUAAAAAUGAUGACUGUAAUCUGUUUAUUUGCUGCAUUUCCAGUGACUUUCAGUCAGCCUUGUAUGAUGUGACUGUAACCUCUUUGAGGCAGAAAGGCAGAGGAAGGUGAGGGAAGGGUGUACACACUGCACGAGGGCAUUCUUGAUUUUUGUGGAGGUUUUUGUCACCAGUUUACAAACACACGGCAAAGUAAAUGGAGCUUUUAAAUGCCUUUCCCUACAUAUAUAUAUGGCAUCUCAUAAAAGAAGUACUGAAAUUUGUUCUGUUUUAAAACUGAAAUGUAAGAAUUCCUGCCAACUGAAUGGAUGGAAAGUAGCCAAGAGGAGUUCAGAGUGCCAGGUCAUGUUUUAAGUUGUGUAUAUGUCUGUUUGUACUUAAAAUAAUAAUGUUACAUUAUGAAAAGGAGUUCUUCUUUCCCACAGGUUUCCCCAAGACAUGUAAUUUCCCCUGGCUAGUACACUUUAAUAGUCAAUGGCAGUGUUUUACUAUAGUUCAGGGUGGUUAAAAACUCCACGUGCUGUUUGUGUUUACUGUUUGUUUGAAUGAGGUGGGCACUGAUGGGUGUGGCAAAUCAUGUAUUUUUAAUAAAACACUAAUAUUUAAAA